AUGAUGUUUUUGAGGAGGCUGGAGGCGAACUUCGACUUCUUGCUGGGCCCGCCGCCACCCUCCGCCGCCGGCGGCUCCCCCCCGCCCGCCUGUCGGGGCGGCCCGGCCCUGCGGGCAUCGCCGAAAUCCAGCAGGGUCACCACCCGGGAGCCCGCCCGCAGCCGCCGCGGCGUUUCGACGUGGGCGAUCUCCCCGUCGAGCUUGCUGACCACGAACUCGAGAGCUUUGGUUUGCGAGCGGCCGGAGCGCAGCAGGCUGGGCUCGGCUCUCGGCCCCAGGCUGCCGCACUUGAGGUCCAGGUGGUAUCAUGAUAAUCUUACCCGGCAUGCAGCAGAAGCGCUGCUGCUUUCCAACGGGCAGGAUGGAAGCUAUCUCUUGAGGAAAAGCAAUGAAAGGGAAGAUUUGUACUCCCUCUCUGUGAGGGGAAAAGAUUCUGUGAAACACUUCCACAUUGAGCACACAGGAACUUCCUUCAAAUUCGGAUUUAAUGAAUUUUUGGACUUGAAGGAAUUGGUCAUGCACUUCGCAAAUCAGCCUCUAAUUGGAAGUGAAACAGGAACCUUAAUUGUACUGAAACAUCCCUACCCAAGGCAAGUGGAAGAGCCUUCCAUUUAUGAGUCUGUCCGAGUUCACACAGCCAUGCAGACAGGAAGGACAGAAAGUGAUCUUGUUCCAAGUGCUCCCUCACUUGGUACAAAAGAAGGAUAUUUGAUAAAACAAGGCAAAAUAGUCAAGAACUGGAAGACAAGGUGGUUCACACUGCAUAGGAAUGAACUUAAGUAUUUCAAAGACCAGGCAGCCACAGAACCAAUUCGGGCACUUGACUUAACUGAAUGCUCAGCUGUGCAAUUUGACUAUUCCCAGGAAAGAGUCAACUGUUUCUGUUUGGUGUUCCCACUAAGGACAUACUACCUGUGUGCGAGAACUGGAAUAGAAGCUGACGAGUGGAUGAAAAUCCUGCGCUGGAAACUGUCACAAAUACGGAAGCAAAUGGAGCAGCGCGACGCCACCCUCAGCUCCUAA